AUGGACAGCCUGGUAGACAAUAGUCAAUCAGCAUUUGUACCAGACAGACUAAUCACAGACAAUAUCCUAUUGAGCCAUGAAUUGGUGAAGGGCUAUGGCAGGGAAGGCAUUACUCCUAGAUGCAUGGAGAUUCAACAGCUGAUCCUUCAGGCUACACAAUUUGGCAAGGGUGAUCUACCUUUUAGGUACUUAGGCAUCCCUCUAAGUAGAAAAAGGUUGUCUAUUAUUCAAUGCAAACCCCUGAUAGACAAGAUUCUGGCUAGAAUAAAAUCAUGGACCACAAGAUACCUAUCAUAUGCUGGAAGGCUACAGCUUGUGAAAUCUGUGUUGUACUCGAUUCAAGUAUACUGGUCACAAGUCUUUGUGCUACCAAGGAAAGCUGUUCAGAUGAUUGAAGCCACUUGCAGAAACUUCUUGUGGACAGGAGGCAAUGAUCUCAGCAAGAAGGCACUGAUUGCCUGGGAUAGACUAUGCCUCCCUAAAGCAGCAGGGGGUCUAAAUAUUUUAGACAUAUAUACAUGGAACUGGGCCGCCAUUGGUAAACUUCUAUGGAAUAUAUGCAGGAAGAAAGAUUGUCUAUGGGUGAAAUGGAUCCAUGCUUACUAUACCAAGACAGGGGAUAUAUGGGAGACUAAGACCACCCAAGCUUCAUGGGUGGUACAGAAGAUCUUCAAAGCAAAGAGCAUGUUUGAAAAAAUAGGUCUCCAUGAAGCUGAUGUAGCUGCUAUGACUAAAUACUCAAUAAAGGAUGUAUAUGGAGCCUAUCGUGGGGAAUGCCCAAAAGUCCCUUGGAGAAGACUGGUCUGCAACAACAAUGGCCAUCCUAAAUGGACUUUCAUCUUAUUUUUGGCUCUUCACAGAAGGUUACAAACUAAGGAGAGGAUAGCAUGCUGGGCUAAUCUAGAAGAUAUGGUCUGUGUGUUAUGCAAGCAAGAAAAUGAAGAUAUAGACCACCUACUAUUCGAAUGCAUUUAUGCUCAACAACUAUGGUCAAAACUCCUAACUUGGCAAGGCAUUAAGAGAGAUGUAUGGAACUGGAAGAAUGAAGUACAAUGGGCAAUAGAAAACACCACAAGGAAGACUGCUUACCAGGAGAUAUACAGAAUGACACUAGCUUGUGGAGUGUAUCAUGUAUGGCAGGAAAGGAAUGGAAGGAUAUUCAGAGAAAGCAGCAAAUCAGCAAACCAAAUAGUGAAGCAGGUGAUAAGAGAAAUCCAUGUGAGAGCUCGCAAAAUAAGCAGAUUAGAUAGAUACAUGAAAGAUUUGAAUUUUUAUCCUUAG